AUGAACUCAGCAAAGAAUCGCAAGUAUAAUGAUGGUUAUAUCAAAUAUGCGUUUAUUUGUAACCGUAAAGAUAAUGUCAAACAUCCUCAGUAUGUAAUUUGCUGUGAAGUAUUAAGCAAUGAUGAAAUGAGGCCUAAUUGUCUUGAAAGGCAUUUGUCAUCCAAGCAUAACUCUUUUAAGGAAAAACCAAAGGAAUUUUUUACUACAAAAUCUGAAAAUUUAGAACGCAUGAAGUUGGAAAAAGUGCUUGAAGCUUCAUAUGAACUAUCAGUUCUGAUUGCUAAAGAAAAAAGAGCCAUAUUAUUGGAGAGACACUUGUUAAACCGGGUUUGUUAA